AUGUCGUUAGAGCGCAGAAUCGGCAAACAUUAUAAUGACGUUUACAACACUUUGAGAGACAUGUCGAAAGCUAGUCGGAGUACAUCAACCCAUGCCAAAGUGACGUAUAGUAAGGCAGCCACUCGUGAGGGCGGGGUAGAAACAACAACAACACAAGUUCGGCAACCAGCUUCUUCUUCUUCUUCACGUCGUGGCUCAGGUUGUUCCAAAACGCGACGAAGCUUAAAAUGGGCAGUUAUCAUUUGUGUUACACUCGGGCUUUUGAUCAUCGCAGCUGUUGCUAGUGUCAUAAUUUACUUUAAACUUGUGAAGAAAUCUAGCGACCAGUCCAUUUCGAACCAAUUGGUAAAGCGGUGCGUCAGCGACACGAAUACUUGCCCACAAGAUCCACACUUUUUACACUGGUGCAUGGGCGAACUUGUACAAACGAGCUGUACUGAUGUAGUCGCUUCUUCAUCAAAGCAAUGCAAGUGCCAACCCUGCAUCAACAUAUUGGACGGCUUUUUCUCAAAUGAACAAGCUGUUAGAGCAAUGCUGGACUCGCUGGAAGAUAUGGUUGAUCAGCUGAUAAAAACCGGCAUAGACACACCUCUCACCUCUAUCAAAGGAUAUCAACCAAUAGCAGAUCAAAAUGCUUUAGCUAUGGGUGAAAAAUGCGCAAAUGUUUCUUUCAACAGUGUCUCACGACGCUCCGAGAGAGCCUUGGACGCAGCCUGCGAAAAUAGAAUGGCUAGAGAUUUAGCCCUUGUUGCAAUUCAUAAAGCAGUGGCUUGUGCCGUAAUGACCGCUUGGUUAUUUCCUGUGGCACCGGCUGCUUUUGCAUCGUGCUUUUUACCUGGACUUUUUAUUGAUUUAAUCGGGAAAGCAGUACCUGUUCUUAUUGAGUGUUGGAAAGACUGUCCGCCACCUCCAAGUGAUCUUCUGAGCAUCCUGAAAGAUUAUUUCCAAGGCGUUGCACGCAAAGUGCCAGUUGAAAUAGGCAAAAAAAUUCCGGAAGGUUAUUUCAAAGGCCUUGGCAAAUUCGAAGGGGCUAUGGCCGAAAUAUCUCUGAAAAGUCUUGCAAACUCUGUUGGCAAGAUCGUUAGUGUCUUGGAUACGGCUGAAGCUGUUAGAACAGCUUUGAUGACGGAUUGUAAGAAAACAACAACAACACCAACAGGAACAAACUAUGAUGGUUGCUGCUGUACGCUUGGUAGCCCAAGCGAGUGUCAUUGCGUUUUGCCGGGUGGAAAAAAAGUUUCCACAGGUGUUAAGUGGAGAUGGGAACUGUAUUGCUACACUGGCUGUGCUUCGCACUGUGUACCUGCAACAGACUGUCAUUCGCAUUGCUAA